CUGCGGGCCCAGGCUCGGCCCAGACUGGCACCAGGCCAGCGGUGCGGGUUCCAGCGCGUGAGCGGCCAAACGUACCAGUAAGGCUGCAAACCGGUAGCAAUAGACCACCAUUAAUCGCCUACGGCGGUAGACGCAGCGUCGCGACCGCUGCGGCACGUGGCAUCAAAAUAUGCGCCUGAUCCUCUGCCAUGUCGCACUCGUCCGCGCGCUCCACAGCUCACAACGCGUCCUGAAAAGGCGAGACCUCGGGGCCAUUGCUACUGCUGCAGCGCUGGGUACGCGCGCGCGCCCCGCCGUCGCGGUGCCGCCCGCGUGCGACGACGCCGUCGCUGUGUGGAGCAAUGGCAAUCGCCAGGUCUACAUCGUUGGCACUGCACACGUGUCCGAAAAGUCGGCAGAGCUCGUCGCGCAAACCAUUGACGCGGUGCAGCCAACACUCGUCAUGCUCGAGCUCGACCGGAAGCGACUCAAGGGCGCGCCGGCCGCCGCCAGUAGUGCGAGCACGCCACAGCCACCGCGUCGCCCAUCGCUGCUCGAGCGCACUGGUGCGUGGGUCGUCGGCUCUCUGCUGUCGAGCCUCUACAAAAGCCUCGACGACCUCGGCUUGAAUUCCGGAAGGGAAUUCUCCGUGGCGCUGACAAAAGCGCGAGAGAAUAAUAUUCAGAUACUCCUCGCCGAUAGGGACGUCGACGAAACGCUCCGACGGCUCUCGGCCGCGAUUCAGCAGACGUCGUCGCAAGCGGCGCACAAAUCAUAUUACGCGGCACUUCAGAUCGUUUUCUGCGCAGGUCUCAAGACUUUGAACGGUUCGAGGCCCUCGCGACGACCAUAAGCGGGAUGGCCGAGCCCGUGGAUCUAGGCGACAAAAAUUCAGUGACGGGCGCCAUCGAAACGAUCAAGACGAGAUCGACGGUGAAAGAACUGGUCAAUGAUCUCCGGGAAUCGCUGCCGAAUAUAUACUCUGCGCUCGUCGACGAGCGAGACGAGUACAUGACGCAGAGCCUUCUGUCGCGGCUCUCGGAGCAGCCGCGGUCCGCGCCGCAGCGCGUCGUCGCCGUCGUCGGGCUCGCCCACGAGGACGGAAUUAAUCGGCGCCUCGCCAAAGCAGGGUAUGCCGCGGCGCCCGCGCCGCCGCGGCGACUCUGCCAGGCAGCGUGAUGACUCAAGGGAAAUAAGUAUUGUGUGAC